CCGGGCGACGUUCGGUUUGGUUUCCCGGCUUGCACCGGGAAAGGGAAGGCGGCGUUGGCCGAACAAGAUGGCGGGUAGUGUGCAGUUACUUUGCUUGGCAACGAGCAGUGGCGUGCCUCUGUACUGCAGGAGCAAGGGGGAGAGCAGGCAGCUCCCAUUCUCUGUGAUUGGUUCUCUAAAUGGAGUGCACAUGUUUGGCAGUAACCAGGAUGUUCUGCUGACUAGUACCUGCACUGACAACACUAGGGUCUGUUGGAGAGUCUUCCGGGACAGGUGCUCAGUGGAGAUCGUCCUAACGUGCUGCAUCGCUGUGUGGUAUGGGAACUGCACCACAGCUGAUAGGAGGGUUCAAAACUGUCCAGCGCAUAUCCGGCACCAGCCUCCUCACCAUCAAGGAUAUAUGUACAGAAAGCACUCAGUGACUGCAUUCCAGAUACACAAUAGUGACCCCUCGGUGUGGCUGUGCUUGUGCUUUAAAAAUAUACCUGGAAAAGUUGGUCCAUACUGUGCUAACAGCUUGUUUCCAUGGUUACGCAGCAUCACACUCAUCGUCAUGAGCUCCGAGGAAGAUGCCAGUGACCUUUACCUCAGCCGCCUGUUAGACAACGUGUUCAGUGCCAUGGUACUGGUGAUUGGCUUGGAUGACCUGGUGAACCUCAAGAACGUGGAGCGAUUGAAGCGAGAACUCCGGGCUUGUUAUAAGUUGAUUGACAGUUUGCUGGCUGCGUCGGAUUGGAUGGGAGACCUGACACUGUGCGUGGAUUGUGUAGUCUCUCCUGAUGCUGCAAUACUGCAGGAAGCGCUGGAAGUGUUUGUGGCUGCUGCGGAGAGCAACUUUGGUUGUCUCAUGGUCAUGGGCAAAGUGGUUGUGGCCACAGAGAAGUGGUGGCGGCUGGCUGCCCAGGAGGUGGUGCUGUUGGCAUGGCUGGUUGGAUCACUGGCACCCAGUUCAUCCCGGGACUACCCCAUCUAUUUACCACAUGGCAGCCCGACCGUACCACACAGACUGCUGACUUUCCAGUUGGUCCCUGGUGUGGACGUGUGUUUACUGUGUGGACCAACUCCAUCUCUGCAACAGGUUCAGUCAGAGUUGGUUGAACGAUUCUGGAGCCCAUUGCUUGAACCUUUAAAAACCUGUUUCAGGUUGCAUCACAGCUCUUUUCCUGCCUGCAGUCCUUUACAUCAUAGCAUAGUUGGUCUACUGCUGAUAAACAGGGAACAGAACAAGAACUUAUUCACCUUGCAGCCCCAUGGGGUUGAGAACACCCAGCAGCAUGGAGCAAUACUUCCUCCUGAGAGCCGUAGAUCAGUUCUGCGACAGCUUUACACCCUGGCUGUCUCAGCGUACUUCCCAGCAGAUACACCGGAUGACGAGCCUGCUCUCCAUGAAGAAUUCCACGCCGGGUUCACCCACUCGCCAUCGGAGUGCUACGUUGUCGCUGAGGACCACAAGUGCUACGGUAUCCAGACCCAGCAACACCAGCUGUUCCUGACCUUCACGGCAGAUACCCCAACCUUUGCUCUGCGGAACAUUGCAACCAAAACGCUGAACCUGCUGACAAAAGAAGUGCCUUUCUGAUCUCCCUAAGAUGGGGUGAAGCAGAUGAUGCCUGUUUGUAGCUCACUGCUCACCUUCCCCAUCAGCAAAGUAGACCACCCACCCAUGUGGCACGGUCGUCGGGUUUGCUGAGCCCACUCAUACGGUCAAUGCUCCAUCACGCCGAGCGGAAGAGGGAAGUGGCCACAGUGACUACUUGUUCAUGUUUUAGUGUGACCAGCUGUGCUGUGUGCUGCUCUCUGGGUCGUCUGCAGGGAGAACGCAGCCCAGAGAGUGAAGUGCUACAAAAAAGAACUGACAGAUUUUGGAAAGGGUACAAAAUACAAUGUGACUAUGCUGACUGUAGGAACUAGAGGCCCACCCCCCACAUGCCUGUUCUACCAUCCACCAACAUAGUGACUGGAUUUUCAUGUGUGUAGGGGUAGUGACUGUCUAGGCACCUGUGUGUUUGUAUGGGGACAUUAUUUGUCUAGGGGGCGCAUGUGUCUGUCUUUAACACUAAUCAAUACAUACACAAAACUGGAACGUUUUAAUCUAUUUCAAAUUAAUUGUAAUCUGUGUAACUCUUUUGGGACCUGACCUUGCAGAAAGCAAAUUAUUUGAAGCCAAGGCCCAGCGAUCACGUUUCAGCAGCAGAAUUCGGUGCUGUUGGUAAACUAGAACAAUUCAGAGAAGCUGCCGUUUGUCACUACCCAGAUAUUUCUCCAUCAUGUUCUUCCCAGGAUAGAAAUCUAAAUGCUGCAGCCACCCAGUUUCUGUCACUUUCCAGGUUCUGAGGAAGUGGUUGGGAAGUUAAUGGAGAAGAUCGUGAGAGGCAGGAUUUAUGAACAUUUGGAGAGGAAUAUGAUAUGAUUAGGAAUAGUCAGCAUGGCUUUGUCAAGGGCAAGUUGUGCCUUACGAGCCCGAUUGAUUAUUUUGAGGAUGUGACUAAACACAUUGAUGAAGGAAGAGCAGUAGAUGUAGCGUAUAUGGAUUUCAGCAAGGCAUUUGAUAAGGUACCCCAUGCAAGACUUAUUGAGAAAGUAAGGAGGCAUGGGAUCCAAGGGGACAUUGCUUUGUGUAUCCAGAUCUGGCUUGCCCACAGAAGGCAAAGAGUGGUUGUAGACGGGUCAUAUACUGCAUGGAGGUCGGUCACCAGCCUGAGGGAACUGUUCUGAGUUCCUUACUCUUCGUGAUUUUUAUAAAUGAUCUGGAAGUAACUGAACUGAAAAGAGAAUCAGAUAGGAUUCUUAAAGGGGGCAAAUCUUAAAUGUUCGAAGUUGUAUAGUGUAUACAACUUUGAAAUUUGUCUCCUUACAGGCAAAACAAACACCCAAAAUGACUUUUUAAAAAAAAACAAGACUGAAAAACACUCAACAUGCAGAGAAAACAAUAAAAACAAGCCAAUUUGCAUUCGGAGCUGAUGCUGGUGGAAAAAGUCUGUCCACAGAUACGAAGCUGCAGCCUGAGUUCAGUGCAGAACAGAGUAAACGUCUUGGAGCAGCGAGCUUAACUAGCCCAUCCCUCUCUCUGGCCCCGACACCCCAGAUCCUGGCCUUUUGGGGCUUUGAGUAAAGAGCCAGGAAGUGUUAAGUUACUCCAUGAAAAAUAUUUGUUCUAUGAAAAAUCAUGUAAUCCGUGUGGGGGGGGGGGGCAGUCCCCGGGAAUGUUUUUACUCUGGGGAAUUUCUGGGGACAUUGAGUGUUCAGUACUCUUCUGCAUCAACACUCUAAAUUCCACAGCCGAGAAAGCACGUCAAUAUCUAUUUUCUCAUGAUGCUGAAGAAAUUCAGUACGCCUGCAUUGACACUUGCCAGUUUUUAUUGAUGCACUGUAGAAAACAUUCUACCUGGAUGCACAAUGUACAGCAAUUGCUCAGCUCAAGACCAAGAAACUGGAGAGUCUUUUGCUCAGUGCUGCCGGAGGAAGGUCCCAGAGUUUAGAUGGUGUCUCUCUCUCCCCUCAAUGCUGACUCAGGAUCGUGCUGGAAUCUUGGGUCUAGGGCAAAGUUUAAUCGAUGCGGUUUCUGGUUGGACUUAUAGUUCACAUUAUGAUGUGUUUCUUGUUGCAAUUCUGGGUAUUUGUUUUGAAUCGGGGCAGCCUCCAGAUAACGAACACUGAGCUGGACUGAAUAUGCCUGGAUUCUGUUUGAUUGGUUUUUUUCACUCAUUUGUUGCUGUUUUGCAUGUGUGUGGCUACGUGUUGGUUUAUUCUUUGAACAGGUUCCAUGGUUUUCUUUGUUUCAUGGCUGUCUGUGGAGAAGAUGAAUCUUGGGGUUGUAUACUGUAUACAUUGAUAAUGCACUUUUUGCAGGCACAGCCCAGUCCAUCGUGGAAACCAGCCUUCCCUCUAUGGAUUCUGUCUACACUUACUGCCUUGGUAAAGCAGCCGGCACAAUCAAAGACCCAUCCUAUCCUGUACAUUCUCUCCUGUUUUCUUCUCUCUUCCCCCCCCCAAUUGGGUAGAAGAUACAAAAGCCUAAAAGGGUGUGUCACCAGGCUCGAGGAGAGCUUCUGUUAUCACACUCUGGAGAGGACCUCUUGUGUGAUAAGAUAGACUCUUGGCCUCAGUCUGUCUUGUUUGUAACCAUAUAACAAUUACAGCACGGAAACAGGCCAUCUCGGCCCUUCUAGUCCAUGCCGAACGCUCUCUCACCUAAUCCCACUGACCUGCACUCAGCUCAUAACCCUCCAUUCCUUUCCUGUCCAUAUACCUAUCCAAUUUUACUUUAAAUGACAAUACCGAACAUGCCUCUACCACUUCUACUGGAAGCUUAUUCCACACAGCUACCACUCUCUGAGUAAAGAAAUUCCCCCUCAUGUUACCCUUAAACUUUUGCCCCCUAACUCUCAACUCAUGUCCUCUUGUUUGAAUCUCCCCUACUCUCAAUGGAAAAAGCCUAUCCACAUCAACUCUAUGUAUCCCCCUCAUAAUUUUAAAUACCUCUAUCAAGUCCCCCCUCAAUAUUCUGCGCUCCAAAGAAUAAAGAACUAACUUGUUCAACCUUUCCCUGUAAUUUAGGUGCUGAAACCCAGGUAACAUUCUAGUAAAUCUUCUCUGCACUCUCUAUUUUGUUGACAUCUUUCCUAUAAUUCGGUGACCAGAACUAUACACAAUACUCCAAAUUCGGCCUUACCAAUGCCUUGUACAAUGUUAACAUUACAUCCCAACUCCUAUACUCAAUGCUCUGAUUUAUAAAGGCCAGCAUACCAAAAGCUUUCUUCACCACCUGAAACAGGCCAUCUCACCACAUGAGAUUCCAGCUUCAGGGAGCUAUGAACCAUUAUUCCUAGAUCACUCUAUUCUACUUUAUGAUCUUGUACUUUAUUGCACUGCAGUUUUUCAGUAGCUUUAAAACUUUAUUCUCUUCUGUUCCUGUUUUACUCUGUUCUACCUCGAUGAACUGUGUAAUGGAGUGAUCUAUAUGAGCAAUAUUCAAGGCAAGGUUUUCACUGCAUAUUGCUACUUGUGACAAUAAAUGCUUCUGAUUAAAG